CGCGCCCGCCGGAGGGUCUCACAGCGAAAUACAAAAGCAGCUGGGAAGCGGCGGCGAGGCGAGUUCCCAGCGCCGGGCAGAGCCCUGCGGCGCCCUACGGCCGCGAUGGGGCUGAGAAGCCCGGAGCCCCCAAGCCAGCGAGCUCCCGGGCCCUCCUCGCCGCCGGGACCCGGACGCCGGGACUCGUCUUGAAGCGGCGGCACCGGCGCCGCCGCGGGAGCAUGGGCAGGAGGAUGCGGGGCGCCGCCGCCACCGCGGGACUCUGGCUGCUGGCGCUGGGCUCAUUGCUGGCGCUUUGGGGCGGACUCCUGCCACCGCGAAUGGAGCUGCCCGCCUCCCGGCCGCCCGAAAACCGACUCCCGCGGCGCCCGGCCCGGAGCGGCAACCCCGCGCCAGCGCCUCGCUUCCCGCUGCCUCCGCCCCUGCCGCGGGACGCCCGCAGCGGCUCCCUCAAAACUUUCCGGGCGUUGCUCACUCUGGCGGCGGGCGCGGACGGCCCUCCUCCGCGGCCCACGAGCGAGCGCAAGCGGCACGUGUCAGGCGGGCAGCCCCAGCCCGAGGAGCGCGCCGCGGUGCAAGGGGGCGUCUUCUGGAGCCGCGGUCUGGAGGAGCAGGUGCCCCGGGGCUUCUCGGAGGCCCAGGCAGCGGUGUGGCUGGAGGCGGCACACGGCGCCCGGGUAGUGGCCCUGGAACGCGGCGGCUGCGGGCGCAGCUCCAACCGGCUGGCCCGCUUCGCCGACGGCACCCGCGCCUGCGUGCGCUACGGCAUUAACCCCGAGCAGAUCCAAGGCGAGGUCCUUUCCUACUACCUGGCUCGCCUGCUGGGCCUCCAGCGCCACGUGCCGCCGCUGGCACUGGCCCGGGUGGAGGCGCGGGGCGCUCAGUGGGCACAGGUGCAGGAGGAGCUGCGCGCUGCGCACUGGACCGAGGGCAGCGUGGUGAGCCUAACGCGCUGGCUGCCCAACCUCACCGACGUGGUGGUGCCGGCGCCCUGGCGCUCCGAGGAUGGACGUCUGCGGCCCUUGCGAGCCGCCGGGGGCGAGCUGGCCAACCGUAGCCGGGCGGAGCUGGUGGACCUCGUGCAGUGGACCGACUUGAUCCUCUUCGACUAUCUGACGGCCAACUUCGACCGGCUCGUCAGCAAUCUUUUCAGCCUGCAGUGGGACCCGCGCGUCAUGGAGCGCGCCACGAGCAACCUGCACCGCGGCCCCGGCGGGGCGCUGGUCUUUCUGGACAACGAGGCGGGCUUGGUGCAUGGGUACCGGGUGGCGGGCAUGUGGGACAAGUACAACGAGCCCUUGCUGCAGUCGGUGUGCGUGUUCCGCGAGCGGACGGCGCGUCGUGUUCUGGAGCUGCACCGCGGCCAGGACGCGUCGGCCCGGUUGCUGCGCCUCUACCGGCGCCACGAGCCUCGCUUCCCCGAGCUGGCCGCGCUCUCUGAGCCCCACGCUCAGCUGCUGCAGCGCCGCAUCGACUUUCUCGCCAAGCACAUUCUGCACUGUAAGGCCAAGUACGGGUUCUGGCCGGGGACUUAGCAUCAUCCGGAGUGGGAGAGAAAGACCCCGGUCUCAGGCCUGGACAAUGGGGGAAGGGCCGACGCCGUCGCCUCUGCCACCGCCUGGGACUAGCGGGCCAACGCCCAGCUAGUGGCCCGAGCGCGGAGGCGUCUAAAAAAAAAACCUCAGCUUCAUCCACCUGCCUCUUUCUCUCAGUCCCACGCUGUUUCCUUUCAAAGUUCUGGGGGACGAACUCACUGAGGCCAGAAGUGUAACAUUCCCUCCACCCAGCGUUUAAAAGAAUUGUUCUCUGUGCUAACAAGGAAUUUGGGUUCCGAAGUAACUGGCUCCCGGUUUUUGCUCCCGGGUGGCCGUCUCUGUGGGAAAUGCACCCCAUUCCUGGGCCCCUUCGUUUUCUUUCCGAAAAAGGAAAACUUGCGUUUGAGCCGUUGGGCUAAUUCUGUAAUUUUCUACCAAAGGCAACGCUGGUGGCCCCAGAACAAGGCUGUGACAUUCGCUGGUGGAGCCCACUUCCUGUGUUCUCCCUUUGUUCCAGCGCUGUGACGGUGAGAUCACUGUUAAGAGCAGGGGAACGGUUCCCGAUCGGACAAAGAGAGCAGGACCUCCAGACACUGGAGAGCCCUGCAGACCCUGACAGUUUGUCUCACUCAUUCCUUACCGCUUGUCAUUUUGGUCUGAAGGCAAGACCGGCAGUAUGCACGAGUCAAAUAAUGAAUUUCUUCUUCCUUCCCCUCCCAACCCACCCAAAUUUUGACAAUGAAGAUAGGCUGUUCACCAGAUGGAAAAAAAAAUCAUUCAUGCACUUUAUUUUAAUUUUUUAUUAAGAAAAACUUUUUUAUUUGACAGAAUUUGCCUUCUGUGUAUAUAUGUGCAUAAGGUGUGGUGUAAAUAUACUAAAACUUAUAUUUCAGUAAAAGGGAGUUUAAAAUUUAGAAUUUAAUUUCUGUGGUUUUAACUCUUUGAGGUAUCUGAUGCACCACCUGCUUACAGAAUAAGCUUAUGGCUUUCUCCCUUGUGGGUGUGCUUUUUAAAAUAAAGGAAGCAUAUCUGUCCUAGUUGUGACUACAGAACUUACAGGAUUGAACAAAGGCAAGAACAGAUUCCUUGUCCUGCUCACUCAAAAGCACCCUACUGCUAGAAAUUUCAGAGUUCAGUAUAGAAUGUGGGGGGAGGUGUGGAGAGACAUGUGGGGCAAGUGUUCUAUUUCCUGGCAAAUAAAACUUUGAUAUAAAAGGAUUUCACUGUAA